AUGAGACUAUCUAUCUUUUUCAUUGCACUCUUGACUUCGGUCUCAUCUGCAGCCACAACUGAGGAUCCAGGCCCAUCUCCUACUGCUUCAAUCGGCUGUGAGCCACACGGAGAUCAUUGGCACUGUGACGGCCCAGCCUCAACAGCUAUCACCUCAGGUACAUCAACGACAAGCGAGGUUGAAGUGAGCACCACUGCGGAUGCUUCUCCCACCGCGCCCAGUCCUACCGAGUCUAUUGGUUGCGAGCCACAUGGCGACCACUGGCACUGUGAUGGACCAGCCUCAGCCACUGUCUCAGGUACAUCAACGGGCGAUGUCAAAGUGAGCACCACUGCAGACGCUUCUCCCACAGCGCCCAGUCCUACUGAGUCUGUGGGCUGCGAGCCACAUGGUGACCACUGGCACUGCGAUGGACCGGCCGAGACAGCUAGUGCUUCUGUCAGUGCUUCUGCCAGUGCCUCUACAAGUGCUUCUGCCAGUGCCUCUACAAGUGCUUCUACAAGUGCUUCUACAAGUGCCUCCACGAGUGCCUCCGCCGGUGCCGCUACGAGUUCUGGAGAUGACGCAGGUGGUGCUGGAUCAAUUGGAGUGCAAUUCUCCCUACUUGUUGGAUUGUCACUUGUGGCUGCUGGUCUGAAUAUUUGA